GCCUUGACCCGCCCGAGUCACUCGACUCAGUGACUAACUCACGCACAGCUCCUCCUCCACCGCCUUGAUAAUUAUUUUUCCUUUUUUUUAAUUAAAAUUUAAUCCCAGAAUGAUGAGCCAGGAAAACCACGGCGACGGAAACUCCGACCUCCCCGACGAGAUGGAGUCUCUCGUCCUCGACGAGCCUCCCUCAUCCAACGGCCAGUCUUCUCCUGCCGCCGCCGCGUCACCAUCAGCCUUCAUGGACCGCCAGACCAGCCUCGCUUCCGCUUCCGCCUCUCAACACUUCAACUCCAUCCUCGAACCGCCGUCCUACGCCGACGCGAUCUUCACCUCCUUCGAUUCCUCCUCCUCCGCAUCCAACGGCCACGGCGCCGCCGCUCCCGAGCCCGAAUCGGACGCUCCGGCCCGGUCCGAGUUCCUCAAGGUGUGGGUCUCCGAUCCGCAGAAGGAGCUCGACCUCUCGAACUCGCUCGUCCCCGGCGGGAAUUCGUACUACACGUACUUGAUCACGACGCGGACGAAUAUGCCGGAGUACGGCGGCGACGGAUCGGAGUUCACGGUGCGGCGGCGGUUCAAGGACGUGGUGACGUUAGCGGACCGGCUGGCCGAGUCGUACCGCGGGUUCUUCAUCCCAAUCCGACCGGAUAAGAGCGUGGUGGAGAGCCAGGUGAUGCAAAUCGAGCAGUUCGUGGAGCAGAGGAGGGCGGCGUUGAGUCGGUACCUGAACAAGCUCGCGGCGCAUCCGGCGAUUAAGAGGAGCGAGGAGUUGAGAGUGUUUUUGGCUGUGAAUGGGAAGCUGCCGUUGAUGAGGAGUGUGGAUGUGGCGUCGAGGAUGCUGGACGGCGCCGUUAGGCUGCCGAGGCAGUUGGUUGGUGAGGCGGCGGAUGCGAACGAGGCGGCGCAGCCUGCCAAGGGCGGUAGAGACUUGCUGAGGUUGUUUAGGGAGUUGAAACAGUCUGUGGUGAAUGACUGGGGAGGUGUGAAGCCAAUUGUGGUUGAGGAGGAUAAGGAGUUCUUGGAGAGGAAGGAGAAGGUGGUUGAGUUUGAGCAGCAGCUUAGCAAUUUGUCGCAGCAGGCUGAGUUGCUGGUAAAAGCUCAGCAAGACAUGGGAGAGACAAUGGGGGAAUUGGGUCUGGCGUUUGUGAAGCUGACCAAGCUUGAGACGGAAGGAGCCAUGUUCGAAUCUCAAACAAGGCGAGCCACUGACAUGAAAAAUGUGGCUACAGCAGCUGUUAAAUCUAGCCGAUUGUACCGCGAGUUAAAUUCACAAACUGUUAAACAUUUGGACAAACUCCAUGAAUAUCUUGGAGUAAUGCUAGCAGUUAACGGUGCGUUUUCAGACCGAACAAGCGCUUUACUAACGGUGCAAACUCUUUCAUCAGACUUGGUUUCCCUGCAGUCAAGGAUUGAGAAGCUUGAAGCUGCAGCAUCCAAAAUAUUUGGUGGAGACAGGUCUAGGAUGCGGAAAAUAGAGGAGUUAAAAGAAACUUUAAAAGUUAGCGAGGAAGCCAAAGCUUGUGCAGUUAACGAGUAUGAACGCAUCAAGGAAAAUAACAGGAACGAACUUGAAAGGCUUGACAGAGAAAGACAUGAUGACUUUAUGGGAAUGUUGAAAGGAUUUGUUCUUAAUCAGGCCGGAUAUGCAGAAAAGAUGGCAAACGCUUGGGAAAAACUUGCGGAAGAAACUAGUGGAUAUGCAAAAGAUGGCAGCUGACAUUUCUGCUGUAAACUUUUGUGUUUAGGUUUUCUGUAAGUUCUCUAUAUUUCACAUGUACACUAGUAAAAGUUGACAUACCAUUUGCGUUAUACAAAGAAGCUUUCAUCCUAACCAAUUCAAAUAGGAUACUGAAGACUCCCAGCCCGUUUUCUCUCAUCUUCUUUACUUUAAGCAAGGUUUUAUAGGUUUGGUUUGAUCAAAACAUGUGGUUAGCCUCUAGUUUUCGCAAAUUUGAAUGCUUGGGACUGGCCUUAGCCGGCAUAUGUAUAGAAAAACAGUUGCUGUUUGGUGAAUCAGGGUUGUUUGAGUUGUUGCUUGAU